CGCGCCUCGCCGGCUCCUUAGCGUCCGGCCAAGAUGGCGGAGAGCGCUGAGGGUCUGGGCACCAUCCCGGAGCACGAGCGGAUCUUGCAGGAGAUCGAAAGCACAGACACUGCCUGCGUGGGGCCCACUCUCCGGUCUGUGUAUGAUGAUCAGCCAAAUGCACACAAGAAGUUUAUGGAAAAGUUAGAUGCUUGUAUCCGUAAUCAUGAUAAGGAAAUCGAAAAAAUGUGUAAUUUUCAUCAUCAAGGUUUUGUAGAUGCAAUUACAGAGCUCCUUAAAGUAAGGACUGAUGCAGAAAAACUGAAGGUGCAAGUUACUGAUACCAACCGAAGGUUUCAAGAUGCUGGAAAAGAGGUGAUAGUCCAAACAGAAGAUAUUAUUCGAUGUAGAAUUCAGCAGAGGAAUAUUACAACUGUAGUAGAAAAAUUGCAAUUAUGCCUUCCAGUGUUGGAAAUGUACAGUAAGCUAAAAGAACAGAUGAGUGCAAAAAGGUAUUACUCUGCUCUAAAAACUAUGGAACAGUUAGAGAAUGUGUAUUUUCCACGAGUUAGUCAGUACCGGUUUUGUCAGCUAAUGAUAGAAAAUCUUCCUAAACUCCGUGAAGAUAUUAAAGAAAUCUCCAUGUCUGAUCUCAAAGACUUUUUGGAAAGUAUUCGAAAACAUUCUGACAAAAUAGGUGAAACAGCUAUGAAACAGGCACAGCAGCAGAAAACUUUCAGCGUGGCUCUGCAGAAACAAAAUAAUGUAAAAUUUGGGAAAAAUGUGUGUAUAAACCAUGGUAGAAUUCCAGAAGAAAGGAAUGAAAUUGUAUUGAAACACGCACUGGAGGAAGAAGAUGAGAAUGAAGACGAGGUCUUAACUGUUCAGGAUCUUGUUGAUUUUUCACCUGUUUACCGAUGUUUGCACAUUCAUUCUGUUUUGGGCAGUGAGGAAACAUUUGAAAAUUAUUACCGAAAGCAAAGAAAGAAACAGGCAAGACUGGUAUUGCAACCUCAGUCAAAUAUGCAUGAAACAGUCGAUGGCUAUAGAAGAUACUUCACUCAAAUUGUAGGGUUCUUUGUGGUGGAAGAUCACAUUUUACAUGUGACCCAAGGAUUAGUAACUAGGGCAUACACUGAUGAACUUUGGAACAUGGCCCUCUCAAAGAUAAUUGCUGUCCUUAGAGCUCAUUCAUCUUAUUGCCCUGAUCCUGAUCUUGUUUUGGAGCUGAAGAAUCUCAUUGUAAUAUUUGCGGAUACUUUGCAGGGUUAUGGUUUUCCAGUGAACCGGCUUUUUGACCUUUUAUUUGAAAUAAGAGAUCAAUACAAUGAAACACUGCUUAAGAAAUGGGCUGGAGUUUUCAGGGACAUUUUUGAAGAAGAUAACUAUAGCCCCAUCCCUGUUGUUAAUGAAGAAGAAUAUAAAAUAGUCACCAGUAAAUUUCCCUUUCAAGAUCCAGACCUUGAAAAGCAAUCUUUCCCAAAGAAAUUUCCCAUGUCUCAGUCAGUGCCUCAUAUUUACAUCCAAGUUAAAGAAUUUAUUUAUGCCAGCCUUAAAUUUUCAGAGUCACUACACCGGAGCUCAACAGAAAUAGACGAUAUGCUUAGAAAAUCAACAAAUCUGCUGCUGACCAGAACUUUGAGUAGCUGUUUACUGAACCUCAUUAGAAAACCGCACAUAGGUUUGACAGAGCUAGUGCAAAUCAUCAUAAACACAACACACCUGGAACAAGCUUGUAAAUACCUUGAGGACUUUAUAACUAACAUUACCAAUAUUUCUCAAGAAACUGUCCAUACCACAAGACUUUAUGGACUUUCUACUUUUAAGGAUGCCCGACAUGCAGCGGAAGGAGAAAUAUAUACCAAACUUAACCAAAAAAUUGAUGAAUUUGUUCAGCUUGCUGAUUAUGACUGGACAAUGUCUGAGCCAGAUGGAAGAGCUAGUGGCUAUUUAAUGGAUCUUAUUAAUUUUUUGAGAAGCAUCUUUCAAGUGUUCACUCAUUUACCUGGGAAAGUUGCCCAGACAGCUUGCAUGUCAGCCUGCCAGCAUCUGUCAACAUCCUUAAUGCAGAUGCUACUGGACAGUGAGUUAAAACAGAUAAGCAUGGGAGCUGUUCAGCAAUUUAACUUAGAUGUCAUACAGUGUGAAUUGUUUGCCAGCUCUGAGCCUGUGCCAGGAUUCCAGGGGGAUACCCUGCAGCUAGCAUUCAUUGAUCUCAGACAACUCCUUGACCUGUUUAUGGUUUGGGAUUGGUCUACUUAUCUAGCUGAUUAUGGACAGCCAGCUUCUAAAUACCUUCGGGUGAAUCCAAACACAGCUCUUACUCUUUUGGAGAAGAUGAAGGAUACUAGCAAAAAGAACAAUAUAUUUGCUCAAUUCAGGAAGAAUGAUCGAGACAAACAAAAGUUGAUAGAGACAGUUGUGAAACAGCUGAGAAGCUUGGUGAAUGGUAUGUCCCAGCACACAUAGGCUUCACAUCUCUUGCAUUCUCUGAUGCCAGAUGCGUGACUCAACACUGAUCACUAAUAAGCACUGGUCGUGAUACAGAGAUUUGUUUGCAGAAUUCAGAAAUACAGUAGAGAAAAGAUACUAAAGAAGAUUUGAACGAGAAGUAGUAAUAAAUAUCAUUUGUAUGGAUUUUUAAAUAAUUGAAUACUAUUUUAUAUAUGUAAAAUGUGACAGUUUUUUCACUUUUAGGGAAUAAAGGCAAAACUAAUAUAUAAGUCAGGUCAAAAUUUGUAUAUGAAACUAAUUGUAAAUAUAUUAGAAAAACGUAUGCCUCUAUAAGUCUGUAAGUUGGUUUUUGUUUUGUUUUUCUAUUUAGACUUGAAUGAUUGUUUUUUCAUCAGUGUCUGGCUUUGCAGUGCAAUUGUGUCUGAUAAUGAGAGUGUUUGACUGUGAUUUGCUGACUUUUAGCUUUUAUUUUCACCUCAGUGUGAUUUAAGUAGCUAAAAUUUCUUAUUUCUCUGAUUCUGUUGGGGAAAAACAGAAAUCUUUAAAGCUCCCAGAAAUCAAACUUGAUUUGACUCAGUAGGAACCGACUUGGGUGGGUUAAUUUAAUCAUUCUGAAUAUGAAGAAAAGGUGUUUGGAUUUUCUAAAGAUGCAGGGUUGUUUCUCUUCAUCAGGGUUAAUAUUUCUAACCUUAUUGUGUGUAGCUGACCCCACUCUAGGAUUUCUUUGGUUUGGUUCAACUUAAAAGAGAGGACAGGGUUAACAGGCAAACCACUUCAGGUGCAGCCUGUGCUAAGGUAGGUAUGUUUCUACAGAAGUUACCACAAGGGUCAGGUUACCUUCUUCACAUAGCAGAUCUCAGUACUGGAUCCUCAGCGUGGCAACAAGGCGAGCCAAAUGAACUCUGGAAAACCUAAAACAAGUGUACAUUUUCAUUUGUAUAAGUUACCAGGGAACAAACUUAGUAAUAUAAAUCUGGUCCUUAUUUUUUCUUCAUUGCACUUAUGCUUACUCCCUUUGCAUUUUCAGGAUUUAUGUCUAUAAGAAACUUUUAUUUGAUUCUGUAAAAUAAGUAUAAAGAAUUAUAUGUAUAUUCCUUGAUUUUGUGAUGAAAUAUUAAAAAGAUUGAGCAAGUUGUUGAAAAUGUGUUCCUAUUGUGUCUAUUCAGAGCUUCCCGAUUUAAAACCACUGCUUCUGCUUCAGAAAAGGCAAAUUACUGUUAUUAAAUUACUGAAAUUAGUUACUGGAAUGGGAGUGGCACCAAACCAAAGGAAACAGAGUUUGUUCUCUUGACCAUCUCUUACCCUAAAGUAUUUCACAUUUUUUAAAUAUUACAUGGAAAACCUGGUCAUUCUUCAAAACCAAAAACCAAACCCGUAAUUCUUCAGGCACAAUAAAAUCUAGAGGUUAAGAGAGAAGUGGUGAACAGCUUGUUGUCUUCGAAGACUGUGGAAUGUGGCUGUCUUUCGUGUGCCUUACCCAGCCAUCCAGGGCACCAGGGAUGCCUCCUGGCUUUGGCCAAGGAGUCCCCAAAUUUGGAGAGACACCCCCUUUGUGCCGCCUGGAGCAGAGCACUGCAGGGCCUCAGCUGUGGUGGCCUGGAGGAAUACCUUUUGCUCUUCACAAUAGUUCAGGCACCCUGCCCUUCCCUCCGCCCUCCAGGUUGCGCCC